UGAAGCUGCCCACUCCCCCGAGAAUAUGGCUACAGUAACUCUGAAGACGUUAUGCGAUCCUCCGAUUUCACUUGGCUGCGAAGUGUCUUCCUUUUACACUUUUAGGACAAUAAACAUCGAUUUCAACAGCUACAUUUAAUUUAUGCGAUGGCUUUUCAUGGCAGCAAGUGCAGCCGCCUUGUACUGGACAGACCUUACGUUGUCAAGGCCCUGUCAACGCAGCACAUGAAACUAUUUGCGCCAAGCUCAACAGCCAAAAUGCUGCGGUGCUAUUCUAGUGAUAGGCAAGAGGAAAGUGAACUUGAACUCGUAUCUCUUGCACACUCAAGUUCAGCUUUCCCCGUAACGAAAACUGGGACGACACAGGAGGUGGCUGUCCCAGGGGGCUGGAGGCGAAGGUUAAACAAGGACGUUCUACCCUUUGCUGCCUUCCUAACAGAAGACUUUGGCCGAAGGAAGUGCUACCUGCACGUCUCCGUGACGGAGAAAUUCAAUCUUCGCUGUAAGCAUGACGAAGUCUGUCCAGCGGAGCUGAGGAAGUUGGAGGGCCUGAAGACCAUCGCUGUGACAACCAAUGGUAUGAACCUGGCGAGGCUGCAGCCCGAACUAAAGGAGGUCGGUUUGGACCUGCUCAACAUCAGCCUGGACUCCCUGGUGCCGGCCAAGUUCGAGUUCAUCGUCCGGCGGAAUGGCACCACACCUCAAAGGCCUCUGUCGCUGCCCAAGUCCAGAAUCAGCCAGGGGUCCUCUCCCCCCCUCUCCUAUAUCCCACAUCCUUCAGUCCUCACCUCAGCUAUGGCCCUCCAACAGUACCACUCCAGAAGCGGGGGUGCCCAACCCAGUAAGGAUGUAUCGUGCCUUUCAGGCUACACUGUUUCAACAGUGCAGCCUGAUGUCAGCUGCUCGGGAACCCACCAGUGUGGAAGGAUCCCUCAGUGGUCCCAUAUUGUCAAAAUAAGCCUUUACGGGGGUGCCACUGCCUCUAGUGUAGCCCCCCUCAGCAAAUAUGGGAUCGGUGACUUACUGGCAACCCCCAGUUAUCAAACCAAGGCUACUGGUUCUAACAUGCGCACAAAUGCAUUGAGUCACAAUGACACAGACUGCCUCAGGUACACACUUACCAGGGGUCCAAACUUAAUAAAGAAUGCCUCUACAAAGACCUCCGGGAUUCCUUCCCUUUGCACACUACUGAGAAGCACUAAAACAGGGCCCCUCCUAGGCCAGCAUAGCAAAAGGACAUGCCACAGACAAACCUCCAGAGAUGACCCCCAAGCCAAACUCAAACAACCCACACAGGAGCACUUGGGGGCGGACACAAAUUCCUCUCACUACCCUAAGCCAGACAACCCCACCACCGCCCAACUGACACACACAGACGCCCAAGGCCGGGCCUCCAUGGUGGAUGUGGGCAGCAAGUCUCCCACACGGCGAAGUGCCACAGCCAUAGCUACCGUUCAUCUGGGCCUCACCACCUUCUGCCUGCUCCGGGACAACCAGUUAGCUAAGGGCGACGCGCUAGCUGUAGCGCAGCUAGCGGGAAUCAUGGCUGCCAAGCAGACCAGCGCCCUCAUCCCGCUCUGCCACCCGCUGCCCUUAGACCACAUCUCCGUCACCUUCGACCUCGACGCCAGCCGACUUGCAGCCAUUGUCAUGGCGACUGCCCGCACCACGGGCCGCACCGGCGUGGAGAUGGAGGCACUGACGGCGGUCACGGUGGCGGCUUUGACGCUUUACGACAUGUGCAAGGCGGUGAGUCACGACAUCACCAUCAAGGACGUCAAGCUGGUCAGCAAGACAGGCGGGAAGAGGGACUUCCACCGUGAACCGUGACCUCUAACCCCUGCCCGGAACCUGAUCGCCACAUAACCGGUUUGGGACUCAAUACCAUUUUUUAUUUAGAUAGGUUUAACUCAGGAGGUGAAUUGAAAACUACACUUCCUGAUUUGACUGAAAUGGAAUCGAGCCCCCAACCCUGCAUGGUAUAUCUCUUUUCCAACCCCCUAAUCUCUGAUAACCUUUGUGAGAGCAUCAAGAAAUGCCUCACUGUAAGGCCUCCACUGAUGAAGUUCCAUAGCCUAUAUGAAUAAAAUCAGCGUGCCGAUAGCACUGUCUGCCUGGUAGGCCGUGCCACGACUUGCUGAUAGUAUUGGUUCUUCCAUUGUACCAGAUAACAGGGGUAUGAUCAGAAAUGCUUACUCUGGCUAUCUGUAUUGUACAUCUGUUAAAUAUCAGGUGCACACUCUCCCUUAACAUAUCAAUUGUAGGAAAUGUGAAAUUGCAGCUUUGCUUUUGCUUUAUAGUGUGUUUUUUAUCUGGGGCUUCAUUUAUGAAAUGUUCUUACCCACAGAUUUAGAUUGGGAAUUGUGCGUACGUUGAAAUCCAUGACAUUGAUUAAUUAACCUCGAACUUGAUGUGAAAAAGUGAUUCAUUUGGAUUUUGUAUAAAAUGGUGAUUUAUUAAUGAAACAUGUUUGUGUGAUUCCCACACCUUUAACAAUGCUUAUACAUUUGAUAAAUUGUCAAUCCUUACAUUUUUUGAUGAUUGUGUGCUGAAAUUUAGUACAAAACUUAGCUAACUUUAUAAAUGAGACCCCUUGUAUGUACUAAGAAAUAGUGUUAAAAUGGUAAUUACGUAAUAAUUACUAAGUAACAACUGAUCCAAUAUGAAUUGUACUGUAUUAGUUGUACCAGAAAUAACUAGUUUGUUAGUGAAUACCAGGUGGAAAUGACAACAAUAUCAGGUAAGUACAUGGUAAAUACAGUGCCUUCAAAAAGUAUUCAGACCCCUUGACUUUUUUCCAAAUUUUGUUAGGUUACAGCCAUCAU